AUGGCAAAUCCAACCUCUUGUCCAGGUUCAUUUCGCAACGAGUUCAACCUCGAGUCUAUAUCCACCAUCGGCAUCGAGUUCGCCACUUGGAACAUCCAUGUCGAUGAUAAGAUCGUCAAGGCCCAGAUUUGGGACACCACUGGCCAAGAAAGAUAUAAUGUUGGUUUGGCAAACAUCUUGGAGCGCAUUGUAGAGUCCCUCAAAGAUCGAAUUGAAAUCUCGUAUCUUUUUCUAAAACCAGUAUCCAAAAAGGAAGCUCCUGAUUACCGGGACAUCAUAGAGCACCCAAUGGAUCUGUCGACAAUCAAGGUGAAGGUUCGGAAUAUGGAGUACAAGAGCCGGGAGCAAUUCAGACAAGGUGUGUGGCAGAUUGCCUUUAAUGCUCAUAAAUAUAAUGAUGGGCGUAACCCGGAUAUCCCUCCACUUGCAGAUGAGCUUUUAAACUUUUGUGACUAUAUGUUGGUUGAGAAUGAAGAAAGCUUGACUGAAGCGGAAUUAGGCAUUGAAUAUAGAGAUAUGUAG